CGCGGUUUUUUGCUGUAGUCCGGUCGAACGCGCCCCCUGCUGGGUCCCGCGCCAUGGACGCCUUCACCAGCGCUGCGGCACGGAGCUUUCGGGAUCGGAUGACCUUCCAUUGCGGUGCGACCAUGGGCUUCACUUGUGCUGUGUAUUUGAUGGGCAUCUUGCGGCCCGUCCUGGAGCCCUUCUUCUGGGCCUUGUUUUUGGUCACUGCCCUGGAGCCGCUCUCCCGGUUCUUCGAAGGUUUACUGUUGGGAGCAGGAGAACUGCUCUGUGGCGCCUUCCGACGGCGACGAGGGAGGUGCCUUUGUGCCAGUCCGUGUUCAGGUGGAUGUGUGUGGUUUUUUCCAACGCUUCUUCUCUUUGCAUCCCCAAAGCUGGAGAAGAUCUUCCAGUUUGCCAGCGAACGCCGUGGCAUGGUGGACGUGGCCGCCUUGAGCCCGUUGUGGCACAUCGCGCCAGAGGAUGGCGACGUGAGCUGCAAGGAGAGCUGUUGCGCCUGCUUGUCGCGGCUCAUCUCAGUGCUCGGUGCCCUCCUCGUGGUCUUCCUGGCUCUCUUCGGUAUGGCCUGCGUGGUCAUCGACGGGGUGGUGCGUGUGCAGAAGGACCUGCCCCUCUACGAGCUUGGAGCGCACACCAUCGUGCAGCGUGCGAAGGCCUUUGUGAAGAGUUUGUCCUUGACCUUCCCGGAAGCCUUCUUGACCAUGGUUUCGGAGAAGCUUCUGGACGAGGCGAAGCUGAUGCUUUCCACUGCUUUGGGCGGUUUGCUGGAAUAUUUGAGCAACGUGAUCUUUGAGUUGCUCAUGCUGGGUUUGUAUGUGCUCUUCUGGCUGUGCACACCAAUGCCCAUUGCCAGCACCACCGAGACCAUCUUCCGGCGGUACCUUUUCCUGAAGGGUACUGCCUGUCUCGGGUAUGGAGUUUGUGUGGGCUUGGUCUUCUAUCUCUUGAAGCUCCAACUACCAGUGGUUUUUGGCCUCACCUCCUUCGUGUUGAGCUUCAUCCCGGAGGUGGGUGCCUUUCUGGCCAUGUUGCUCUCGGUGCCGGUGAUCCUGUUCGAUAGUCGCCACGAGGCGGCCUUGGUCACGUUUUUGAGUGCCCUGGCAGCGCAGCUGGGCCUCAAGUUCUUCUUCACCAACAUCGUGGAAGUGAAGUUGGUGGAGAAUGAUUCCACCAUGAAGAUGCACCCCGUAGUCACACUGCUGGCCGUGACCUUCUUCGGCUUCCUGUGGGGCCCCACGGGGAUGCUCCUUUCCGUGCCCAUGAUGACGUAUUUCAAAGCCGUGCUCUUGGUGGAGUAUGUGCCUCCCGGCUACCGGGACCCCUUGUUGAUCCUCAUUGAAGGUGAUCGCAUGGCACCCAAAAGGCACCGAGCGCGGAUGAAGGACCUCAGCACAGAGGAGUGGCAACGGCAACGGCACAACUCCGACUGAAAAAGAGGAGUUCGUUUCAGAAGGGGGAGGCCUUCAAACCAUCACCUAUCUAACCUUGGGGAAGUAUUUCUAGAUGUGUCAGGUGUCUGGAGGGAGGCGAAAUUUAACAUCGGCAGACGAAGCCGCUUGGGGUUCCAUGUGGCAGUUUCUUCACUCAGGUCUCAGGUCUCCUGUUGCGACUUGAGACCUUCAUGGUGUUUCCGUUCGAUCGUUGACGGAUGGAGUGACCAAUGUGUAUGUGACAGUAUGUGGCCUUUCACGGACCAAUUGCGUGUGUUCCAUGCUCUACAUCCCGUUGGGAUGUGCUGCUUUGUUGGGCGCAUGACGUCUUCUUCUCGAAAAAAGUCACACCGAAAGACGAGAAGAGCCUCGGGCCCGUUGGAUGAGACGACUCCAGAGACCAGGUCCAGAGGGGGUGGAAGGCUGUUGGGUCGUGUUGUUUCGCCGCUCGUCCCAAAACCAACCAAUAGAGGUGGGUCAGGACCCGAGUUCGUUCGAGUAUCCCAGGCCAGGGUACCCCAGGUUUUCCGGGUCCGAACGUUCAGGUCACUGGCGACCUCUCUUGGAAGGCGGGAAGAGGCGAUGCGCCGCGUUGGCCGAGGUCAACUUGUCCA